GUGGACGUCCCUCGGUUCAUGGACGUCACCAGAUUCAAUUGAAACAACCUUGGAACCCCGACUCCAACUUGCCUACUUGGUACUCGAUUGGUACCAAGCUCCGUCACGGUGGAAAAGUCGAGAAAUGCCUCUGGACCGUCCUAUUCCGGCCUUCUAUUGCUGCUAUCUUCUGAGGUCGACGGUGAGCCACGGUAGUGUUUAUGUUGGCUCAACGCCACAUCCAGGUAUUUACAUCACCAUUUCAUGGACGACCGACGACUGAUGUAUAUACCUCAGUGCGACGACUUCGCCAACAUAAUGGCCUCGCAAAGGGCGGUGCAAGUCGAACUGCACGGCCGAGACUGAGGCCAUGGGAGAUGGCAUGUAUUAUUACUGGCUUCCCAAGCAACAUAGCAGCUUUACAAUUUGAGUAAGUAAAUAUUGACACGUGAUUAUCACGGCAUCACGUGUAGGGGUAGAGUUGAAAAGCCUGGAAGUCACUUCUCUUUCAACACCAUCUUUCUAUCAAGAUCAAGUCGAUUUUGGAACGUUUCAUGUAGUGCUCAUUUAGUUCAAGCAGAAAGACCAUAUUGAUCUUCAAACAUUGACUACCCAUCAUCCAAUUCUACACUUCAAGUUACUAAUUUCUCCAGAUGGGCCUGGCAAAACCCACACAUCACUUUACACAUUGCGCCCGAAGACAGAAUCCAAGGCGCAACAAAGAAGAAACGAUCGGGCCACCCAAAAAGACCUCGCCAUACAGUGAGCUCAUUGUUAUCGAAUCUACAUCUUCUGCUCCGUUCACCAUCCUUUUCUCGAUGGCCGUUGGAAAUCCGAUUCUUCUCCAAGGAUGUCCAUAAUACAUGGACGAAAUGGAUCAAGUCGACACCCGAGACCAUACGAGAUUCUAUACAGAUCCAUCAAGAAUUCUUAAACGAGAAUAACAACGGCUCGGUCGUCGAAGACGUCGAUAAGGAACCCGGCCAAGAAGCAGUCUAUACAAGAAUGUCACAUAUCCCCAUUGACUAUACAGGUGAAAAAGAACAUCUUUUUAAAUCAAAAGAUAUUAUCGACUUCGAGAGAGAGGGCGACUGUGCUGUGUGCCAUGAGACACUCCAGUCUGGUGGGGGCAUGCACAUCAUCUGUCCCGCCUCUGAAUGUGAGGCAGUUUCCCAUGUAAGUUGCUUGGGUAAGCAUUUUUUGAAAGACGACGACGAUGAGUUGGUCCCAAUUCGGGGGCAUUGCCCAAGUUGCAAGACUCAACUAAUUUGGGUUGAUCUUGUGAAAGAGAUGAGUCUCCGUGUCAGAGGCCAGAAGGAGGUAGAAAAUCUUUUAAAAGUAAAAAGAUCAAGAAAGGGCAAAGGGAAAGCAUCAUCACAAGCUAUAAUAGCAGAUUCGGAUGCAGAGGAGUCCGAAAAUGAACUGGAAUUGGAGGAAGAGGAGGAGGAGGAAGACGCCGACUUGGUGGACAUUAUCACAAAGCCCUCCCAAUUACCGGAAGGUGACAGUUGGAAUGUCAUUGAUGACUAUGACGCAUCUGAUAUGGAAUCAAUUGCCAGUAUGGCUAGCAACAUGUCCCAAAAAACUGCCGCAAUUCGUAGCCAGAAAGGAGGUGCAGCGCUUGGCAGGAUCGUGGAGGAUAGUGAUUGUGAUUGGGAUGAAGUGGAGGUACUGGAUUGA